GGCGGGGCGGCGCGGCGGGCACCGGGCGCGGGCGCAGCUGCGGGCACCAGCCACGCCGGUGUCGCCGCCGCCGCCGCCACCGCCGGGCGGAUCCCGCGCUUCAGCCGGUGCUUCUUUCGGUCGCUUUACUUUGGCGGCCCGGAGCAGGGACAUUAUGCCGAAGAGAAAGUCUCCAGAGGGUGCUGAAGGCAAGGAUGCAGCAAAAGUAACUAAACAAGAGCCCACAAGACGAUCAGCAAGACUGUCAGCUAAACCUGCUCCGCCAAAACCUGAACCCAAACCAAGGAAAACAACAAAGAAGGAACCUGGAACAAAGGCCAGCAAAGGUGCUAAAGGGAAGAAGGAUGAAAAGCAAGAAGCUGCAAAGGAAGGUACUACACCAUCUGAAAAUGGUGAAAAUAAAGCUGAAGAGGCUCAGAAAACUGAAUCUGUAGGUGACAAGAAUGAAUGAAAUACCAUGAAAAUUUUGGGUUGAUUUUAUGUACCUCUUGGACAACUUUUAAAAGAUAUUUUUAUCAAGUAUUUUGUAAAUGCUAAUUUUUUUAGGACUAUGAUAGUUGACAUAUUAAAAUGUAUAUGAACAUUUCCCUUCUCAUAACAGUGCUUUUAGAAAUUCCCAUUGUUGCCAAGUUAUAUAAAUAUCAACUUAAUAUUGCAAGGUAUGUGUAAAAUUGGAUCGGCAUUCCAUACACUUGCUUUAAGAAAUUAUGUCUUGUGCAUAUGGUGAUGUUUUUACUGUGUGUAUUUGAAUUUUUCAUGCAGUUUUUCUAGAGCAAUAAUCCGUGGUGCUUUUGUACUUAGGUUUUAUGUGAUUUUAAUGAAACAUGGAUAGAUGUGGCCACCUGCUGACUAUUUUGGGUUCUUUUAAUCGAUUAAAAUAAAAGGUCUCCUUGCCUGCAAAACUAAAGACUCCUAAUGUUUUCUCUAAAUCUGAAGGAUGCCUUACUCACAUCUUUGACUGUUACAAGGAAGAUUAAAUUAUUUAGUAACGGUUGUUUUGCAUGCGGUGUGUUUGCUUUUUUUUUUCUGAUGUCUGAUUAAAAAUCACCCACAUAGGAGCCACAAACUGGGUUAUUCAGUGGCCUACAACUUAGGGGGCUUACAGAUAAAUUCUUCAUAGAUACAUUUAUCAGAUGCACUGUCACAGGGUGAGUAGAGUUGCCAUUCUCUGACAGGAUAUUUUGUCUUCAGUGAGCUAUCAGAAUAGAACAAAUUGCUUGAUUGAUAGAGACGUACAGUAAUUUAAAAGUAGCUUUGUUUCUCCCCCCUCUCUUUUCAUUAAUGUACAUUGUAAUCUGUGGAAACCUUUCUUUCUAUCUGUAGCCUCAAAUUUAAUAUAAAUAGUAAUUACUGUUCUGCUUCAGCUGAGGACAGUUGUUAAUACAUUGGAAUCGCUGUUAAACAGUGCUAUAUAUUUGGUACCUGGUGGAAGUGGAACAAUGAAUGUUGGUUUUGAGGUGAUUGUGGUGAUGUGGUAAAUUAGCUAAUGAUUUUUUACUGUCCAUGUUUCAACUCUGCAGCUCGUUCUAAGUACCUUUUAUGAUCUUUCUCCUUCUCUUUUCUCUAGGGGUCCUGGUGUUUCUAUUGUUACUUCUGGGAUGGGAGGGGUGAAAGAAAAUAUGUUCCCUGUUCUUCAGUAGCAUUGAUUUGUAUUGCUCAAGUUGUAGCCAUUAUGUCUGAAGAUACCUUUUGCUUGUUUAAGUCAAUAAAUAAAUGACUGUUGCAUGA